UGUAGCCCCUUGUCCAAUUGAAGCCUAACAUCCCUAGGUUAAUUAAUUUCAAUUUUUUCUCUCUUCGAUCUCACUUCUCAGAACACACAAAUCCAUGGCUACUUCGUUGACAAUGAUGGCUCGUCGAGCGGCAACCUACACUCGAUUCCCCUCCUCAAGCACUGCGUCUCUUGUUCAACGCCGCGGCCUUGCCGGCGCAGCUGAUCAUCACGGGCCUCCUAAGGUCAAUUGCUGGAAAGAACCGAUGAAUCCUGCUCAAUGGAAGGAAGAACAUUUUGUGAUUGUAUCUUUGUCCGGUUGGGGCUUGCUUUUCUUUGGUGGAUACAAGUUAUUCACUGGAGGCAAGAAGAACAAAGAAGAGAAUUUGGUGCAAGCAUCACAAUAAGGUGGGAAUUUACGUGGCAUCAUACUGAGGUUGAGAUAUCUCAAGUCCGAAAUUGAGAAGUUUUCUCUAAUAAUACAACUUAUUGGACAUUCAAUUCUCAUAUGAUGAAUUUUCUUAUCGUUAUAAAAGUUACCAGAGAGCCUGUGAGCUACUAAAUGGUGGACAAAAGUUGGUUGGAUUAAUACUGCAAUGCACUUCUUUAUUUUGUAUUCUAUGAAACUGGUUUUUGUCAAUUUGCUUUCUAAGCUUCAUUGUCAUCUUGAUCAGUAGUGUGGAAAUUGUACACACAUUAAUCUGAAGAUCCACGUACCACAAUUUGUAGAA